AUGCGUUUCCUUUCCACUCUUCCUCUGCUCCUCGGAGCUGCUUUCGCUCUCCCUUCGCCUGAGGACAUUCAAGAGCGUGCUACUGGCUCUCUCUCUUCCUGGCUCUCGUCUGAGAACACUGUUGCUCUGCAGGGCGUCCUCAACAACAUCGGCGCAGGCGGCUCCAAGGCUUCUGGCGCUAGUGCUGGUGUUGUGGUUGCUUCUCCUUCGAAGUCGAACCCUGACUACUUUUACACCUGGACCCGUGAUUCGGCUCUCGUGUUUAAGGCACUUGUGGAUCAGCUCAUUGCUGGUAACAAGUCUUUGGAGCCUCUCAUCCAGCAAUAUAUCAGUGCUCAGGCCAACCUACAGACUGUCAACAACCCAAGUGGUGGUCUCUGUUCCGGAGGUCUUGCUGAACCCAAGUUUGAAGUCAAUCUUACACCUUUUACCGGUGCUUGGGGUAGACCUCAGCGUGAUGGUCCCGCUCUCCGUGCAACUGCUAUGAUUGCAUACUCCCGUUAUCUCAUCGCCAACGGUAACACUUCGGCCGUCAACAACAUUAUCUGGCCUAUCGUGCAGAAUGAUCUGUCAUAUGUCACCCAGUACUGGAACCAAACUACCUUCGACCUGUGGGAAGAAAUCAACAGCUCGUCCUUCUUCACCACUGCUGUGCAGUACCGUGCUCUUGUUGAGGGCAACAGCCUUGCCACUCAGCUUGGAAAGUCGUGCCCCAACUGUGUUUCUCAGACGCCCCAAGUUCUUUGCUUCCUUCAGUCUUACUGGACUGGCUCCUAUGCCCUUUCCAACACUGGAGGUGGUAGAUCCGGCAAGGAUGCAAACUCGAUUCUGACUAGCAUUCACGUCUUUGAUCCUGCUGCUUCUUGCGAUUCGACCACAUUCCAACCCUGCAGUGACAAGGCUCUUGCCAACCACAAGGUCGUCACCGAUUCUUUCCGCUCCAUCUACAGCAUAAAUCAGGGUAUCGCUCAAGGUUCUGGUGUUGCUGUUGGCAGAUACCCUGAAGAUUCUUACUACAACGGAAACCCUUGGUACCUCAAUACUUUUGCUGCCGCUGAGCAACUGUACGAUGCUGUCUACCAAUGGAAGAAGAUUGGCUCAAUUUCGAUUACCUCGAUCUCUCUUCCUUUCUUCAAGGAUGUCUACUCGUCUGCUGCUGUUGGCACAUAUGCAUCCUCGACUACUACCUUCACCUCUAUCAUCAAUGCUGUCCAGGUCUACGCUGAUAGCUACAUGUCUAUUGCUCAAAAGUACACUCCUUCCAACGGAGCACUUUCUGAGCAGUACAACCGCGCUGAUGGUACUCCUCUCUCAGCAGCCGAUUUGACAUGGUCCUACGCCGCCUUCCUGACCGCCUACAAUGCUCGUGCUAACGUCGUUCCUGCUUCUUGGGGCGCUUCAUCUGCCAAAUUGCCCAACUCCUGCUCCAGCGGUUCUGCCACAGGUCCCUGCUCUGCAGCCACAAACACCAACUGGGGCAACCCCGGCACUCCCACCACCAGCAACCCCACAACCACAACCGGAGGCUCCUGCAAAACAACCCCAACCUCCAUCGCCGUAACCUUCAACGAGCAGAAAACCACCUCCUACGGCGAGAACAUCUACAUUGUGGGCAGCAUCCCCGCACUUGGAAACUGGAACACUGCAAAUGCAGUCGCGUUGUCUGCGUCCAAAUACACCGCUUCCAAUCCUGUUUGGAGUGUGACUAUUAAUUUUGCUACUGGUACUAGUUUUGAGUAUAAGUAUAUUAAGAAGGCACAGGAUGGAAGUGUUACUUGGGAGAGUGAUCCUAAUCGUUCUUAUACUGUCGCUGGAAACUGUGCUGGUACUGCUACUGAGAAUGAUAGUUGGAGAUGA